AUGCCACACGUUCUUACUGGCACCCCCCACACAUCUUGGUCUCUACCAACACCCAUCACCCUCCUCUCCCUGAUCCUCCUGUUACAAAUGAUUCAACCAACAAUUUCUGUUCCCUUGCUCCAAUUCGACGCUUCUCAGGCAGUCUUGGAGGCCUACAUUGACGCCCAUACCCUUGAUGGUACCAGCACCGUCUCCCAGAGUGUCAAAUCAAACCAGAAACCCAAUACGGUAGAUCCAACCUCCCACAGACCCCUUCCACACCCCAAACCAGUAGGCCUACCCGUCUCCAACCCCACCAAAUCCUUCUGGACACACGGAAGUCCCGACGCGAACCCUCUUGCCCGUGAAGGUAGCCAAGGCGAACUCACACCAGAAGCAGACGUGUGUAUCAUAGGCAGCGGUAUCACUGGCGUCUCCGCUCUAUGGCAUCUCGUCGAUGGCUUAGGAGCAAACUCCUCUGGGAGGGCAGUUGAUAUCGAUACUGCCGGGAAUAGGAAUCAGAAGAAAGUGGUCGUACUUGAAGCUAGAGAUUUCUGUUCUGGUGCAACUGGUCGCAACGGAGGUCACCUCACACCCUUCAUCUUCUUCGACUUCAGCAGGCGAGAACAGCUCUACGGUACAUCCGAAGCCCUAAAGUCAUACGAAUUGGAGAACUACACCUCCAAGAAACUAGUAGGCCUCCUCAACAACACCGGCGAUCAUGACGAUGCCGACCUGGUCAACGGCGGCCAUAUCACCCUCUUCCUCACAGACCAAGAAGAAAGAAUCGCGAGGAAGGACUUCGAAGCAGCAAAAGCUGCAGGACUGAGUGGACUAGACAAAGUCGUCUGGAUUGAUAAAGAUGAGAUGAAUCAGACGAAAGGAACACCCUUCCCUGGUGUCCAGAUACCAGGACACAAUCUCUGGCCCUUGAAACUCGUUACAAAGAUGUUCAAACUGGCAGAGAAGAAGGCAAAAGAUGCAGGAGUGGACAUAAAGCUACACACGCACACACCAGUCACAGGCAUCACCCCUACAGGUUCCCAGCCAGAAUCAAGUUCCAGUCGAAGAUUCGAACUCUCCACACCCAGAGGACCCAUCAAAUGUUCAUACAUCAUCCACGCUACCAAUGGGUACGCCAACCACCUCCUCUCACCCGGCAAAACAGGCAUAGUAGUCGUCCCAACCCGAGGACAAAUCAUCGGGACGCGCGCCGCAGCUGGAGAGAAGGCAGUAGGAAAGACAUCCUGGGACGCGAACGAAGGGUUUGAAUAUUGGUUCCCCAGGCCCGUCAAAGAAGAAGAUGAGAAGAAGCCGCUGAUCAUUCUGGGAGGUGGACGCGAAGUCUCCGCUCCCAACUACGAGCUAUACGAAACGAACGACGCAGAGGUUAACCACACCGUUGGAUCGAGAUUGAAGAAAUUCUUACCUGGGUUGUUCCCUGGUAUGUUCCCGGAGGAGAGUGAACCCGAAUGGGAAUGGACGGGGAUCACGGGUUUCACGAAGACGGGAGACCCAUUCGUGGGGCCUGUAUACGAGAACGGCGUCAAGCUAGAAGGGCAGUAUGUGUCUGCUGGGUACACAGGACACGGUAUGCCUCGUGGUUACGCCUGCGCCGAGGCCGUCGCAGGCAUGAUCAUUGCCGAUCUAAAGGGAGAACAGUGGGUACAACCCGAAUGGUUGCCUGAUCGCUAUUUGACUAAACCGAGAAAUUCAUAA